UCCGAGUUUGUGCUAAAACUUCAUAUAAUAUCCGGGUUGUCGGAAGGUAUGAGGAAUCGGAAGGUGAACCGUGAUCAUGAUGCAUACAAAUAUAUCCAGUUCGAGUUGAUUUUUCAAAGAGCUAACUUUUUCAGAUGAACUUGGACGAGGACAUUAUAGAGAGCGAUCUGUGCGAUCUUAUAUCGUAUUUUUCCAAGCAAACCUACUCCGCCAGUAGCUCAGACGCGAAGGCUAGAAAGAUAUUAGAUCGUUGUAUUGAUUUGUUUAUGAAAGACUACGACAUAUCGGUCUUAACAAAUGGUAACGGGGAGCUGUGCGGGCAUUAUCCUCAGAGAAUAAUUAUUAUUGAAUCAGAAAUACUUAGAGGUGAAGAACUCCGUGCAAAUAGAAGACCUGUUAAAAUCAAUGAUAUCUCUCAGUUAAAACCACUCAUUGGCAAGGCAAGAUUAGCAAGAUGCAGGUCACGUUUUGUUGUACCAGUAAUUUCAUUCAAUGGAAAGAAUGUUUGUCGUUCAGCAACUUUAUCCAGUUUUGCGGAAAUAGCUGGGCGUUCAGGAUUCAACUUCUUGUUUUCAUCUCCAGUGUUUCCUGAUGAUGCAUUGUGUGAAGGAAAUGAUGGUGAAUGGGACUUAGUUCAUAAUUCCCGAUGUCAAGAUAUUCAACUUCUCAAAACGUUACGUGUGAAAUAUAUAUUUGACCUGAUGUUAGAAAAUAAGAAAGUCAAAUAUGGGAUGAGAAUCACGUCAUCUGAAAAAGUUGACAAAGAGAAUCGUUAUGCUGAAUUUUGUCUGUGUUGUAUUCCUUACCCAGGUUGCGAGUUCUUCAGGGUUUUAAAAAUUAAAGAUUAUCUUUUAAACAGAAUUCAUUUCGACUGGAAUCAGGAUUAUGUUGAUGCUGAUUUAAACAUACCAACCGAAAUAGAGUCGGAGAUAGAUUGUGACUGGGAAAGAUAUCAGAGAUGGGAUCUAGCCACUUUGACUCAAAAUUAUUUUUUACUUCUUCUGAAAACAAUUUUAAAUAGCGAUGAUGGUGUUUUAGUUCAUUGUAUAUCAGGCUGGGAUCGUACACCAUUAUUUGUUUCACUAUUACGUCUGUCAUUAUGGGCGGAUGGAUUAAUUCAUCAAUCAUUGGAUGCUUUAGAAAUACUAUAUUUAACAAUUGCUUACGAUUGGCUUUUAUUUGGGCAUGAUUUGAAUGAUCGGAUGCAACGAGAUGAAGAGGUGUUCUUUUUUUGCUUUCAUUUCCUUCAAUACAUUAUGAGUGAUGUCUAUGCAUUAACACAUCUUGAUAGAUCUAGCAGUGAAACUUCAUUGAGAUCAAAUAACGAUACUGUAUCACAUGAAGAAUUUAGAAAUGGGGACACGUUAACGGAGUCAACAUGUUGUAGAGAGUUUUUUAUUGGGCAACAGACAAAUGACGAGAACCGCAAUGAAGAGAACAGUUCAAGAAGUUUAGACGAUCCAAGGAGUCAGAAUAUACCAAGUGUUCUUCACAAUGGUUCUACGCCAUUACCUGUACCAGGAAAUAAUUCCGUCAGAAAUCAAGCACAGUGUAAAAACUCCUUGAAUGCAGGCAGCUGGCAACUGAUAUCCCGUCCAGCCAGUCUUUGUAGUACGGCGGGCAGUGAUAGUGGUUAUCCAAGUUUAGCAAAACGUUGGGAGGAAAACGGCAGUAGUCUAAGCUCUUGCGAGGAGGCAUGUGAAGAUUCCGUAAGACGAAUAAGACUAGAAACAGUACGUAGUCUCUUUUUAAAGAUUUAUAAAAACGUUAUGCGUGACGGUGGAAAUGAAGCAAGUAGCGUGACAUUAUCAAAAUUAUUUAACCAACUCAAGCCCCCCUGGGGAAAAUGACAACACAUCCUAUUCCCCCUUGAAAUUAGGUUAACCCUAGUUCGACUUUUCACUGUUUUACAGUGAAAGAGGAAACUAAAGUGCGAACUGCAAUGUAUGUUCACGCUGUUUUUCUAAGCGUUGUAGUUAGCAAGCUAAAAGGUUCGUUAGUUGAAUCAUCAGUAUCAAAUCUUGAUACAAACCUUGUAAAACAUGAUAUAGCAAAGUUCUUGCAAUUUUAUGCUAUCAUGCUUGGAACAUCCUUUAUACAGCGUAUUCGAGAAAAGGUUGUUUCAAAACCAUAAACUCUAAACUAUUAGUGAAAAAGGAGUUUUGCACGAAUGAUGUAUUUCAGUAUUUCCCAAAUUUGUCACCCGGGUAAAUUCACGAUGUGGGUAAUAUUACAAAACUUUUAGCAAAUGUACAUAAUUAUAAUUAAAUUGCUCAAUUUAUUUGAGAUGCAGAACUUAUAUACACAGACGU